UCUGAGCCCCAGCAUGCUGGUCCCCAAAUAAACCCUUUGCUGUUGCAUGAGGCAGUCUCUUGGUGGUCUCUUCCUCCGACGUUUCGCCAGUCCCUUACAUUUGGUGCAUGGGCGGGAAGUGUGCAUCGCUGGACAGGGAGACCCCAACAGACUCCUUUAGGGGUAAAACGUCGGACCUGGCAGACUCUCUGUGCCUCAGAAUGGCCCACCUUUGGAGUCGGAUGGCCCCCAGAAGGAUCUUUCUACUUCCCACUAAUUUUAAAAGUCAGAGACAUUGUCUUUGUCUUUCAGCCGGGACCACAUAGCCAUCCAAAUCAACAGCCAUAUAUCUUAACUUGGCAGAACCUCUGCAAAUCUCCUCCUCCAUGGGUGAAGGCUUUUCUUGUCCCUGUCCCCACUCCUACUCCUUCCCCCAUAAUUCUGUCUCUCAAACCCUCUGCUCCUCCUCCUCCUCCUCCACCCUCUGUUCUCCCUAAAUCUCAAGAUUUGACUCUACUGGACUCUCCUCCCCCUCCUUAUCCCCUGCUCUCAUCCCCUAAUCCCCAACACUCUCUAAGUGAUUCCCCUGCUGCUGACUCAGCCUCUCCACCAUUGGAGGAAGCGAAGCCGGCCCAAUGCCCUCCAGAUGACUCCCCCACGGCACACACAGCCCCUCCUCCCCUGGAGGAAACUGGCCCAACUAAAAGAACUCAAAAAAACUCACCGGCGUUUUCACACCAGCCUACUUGGGAUGACUGCCAACAACUCCUAGGGACUCUCUUCAUGACAGAGGAACAAAACAGAAUCCUCCUGGAAGCUAGGAAAAAAAUACCCUCACCAGAUGGGCGACUGACACAACUUCCCAACAUAAUCAAAGCCGACUUCCCCUUGAACCGACCCAACUGGGACCCCAACACCUUUGAAGGUAGGGAGCAUCUGUCCACUUAUCGCUGGGCUCUAAUAGCGGGUCUCUGAGCAGCCACUAGACGGCCAACUAAUUUGGCCAAGGUAAGAGAGAUUAUUCAAGGGCCUAAUGAAUCUCCCUCUAUGUUUUUGGAGAGAAUUAUGGAGGCAUAUAGGAAAUAUACUCCUUUUGAUCCUCAGGCAGAGGAUCAAAAGGCAUCUGUUACAAUGGCCUUUAUUGGGCAAGCUGCCCUGGAUAUUAAAAGAAAGUUACAAUGCUUAGAUGGAUUACAAGGUAUGACUUUGAGAGAUUUAGUCAGAGAAACCGAGAAGGUAUACUAUAAGAGAGAAACUGAGGAAGAGAAGGAACAAAGGAGGGAGAAAGAAAGGGAGCAAAGGGAGGAUGAAAAAAGCAAAAGACAGACUAAGGCAUUGACUAAGGUCCUGGUCACAACAACAAAUAGGCCAGAAAUUAAGAGACAGGGAGACAGAAAGGGAUACCUGGGCCCACGCCAGAAGCCACCUCUGGCUUCAGAUCAAUGUGCCUACUGUAGAGAAAAAGGACACUGGGCCAAAGAGUGCCCUAGAAAGAAACAGCCACGCCAGCCAGCCAUUCUAACUCUGGAGGAUGACUAGGAAAGUCGGGGCUUGGAUCCCCUCCCCGAGCUCAGGGUAACUUUUGAAGUGGAGGGGACCCCAGUAAACUUUGAAGUGGAUACAGGGGCAGUAUACUCAGCCUUUAAGGCCCCACUGGGCCCUCUAUCAACUAAAAGGUCUCUAGUUCAAGGGGCUAAUGGCAGUAAAUAUCGGACUUGGACAACUAAGAGGACCAUGGACCUGGGGAAAGGAAAAGUUCAUCACUCCUUCCUAGUGAUCCCAGAAUGCCCAGCCCCAUUGAUGGGCAGAAAUCUGCUCACCAAACUCUGGGCCAAAAUAACUUUUAACCCUGAAGGCCCCCAAAUGAAAUUUCUAAAUCCUUCAGUAAAAACUCCUAUAGUCAUGGCUUUAACUAUAUCAGUAGAAGAUGAACAUCAACUCUUCACACCCCACAAGACUGAUCAAACAGGCAAGCUAUCCCAGAAAUGGAUAACAGAUUACCCAGAUGCCUGGGCAGAAACUGCUAAGUUAGGCCUAGCAGUAAAACAACCUCCAAUAACAGUGGAGUUAAAAACCUCAGCCUCCCCAAUUAAUAUUAAACAAUAUCCUCUGAGCAAAGAAGCUAAAGAUGGGAUAAGGCCCCAUAUUCAGAAAUAUCUGGCCUUAGGGGUCCUAAGGCCCUGUCAAUCGGCCUGAAACACUCCCCUGCUACCAGUAAAAAAAGCCAGGAACCGGGGACUAUCACCCUGUUCAAGACCUAAGAGUGAUCAACAACAGAGUGCAGGACAUUAACCCCACAGUACCUAAUCCGUACAAUCUGCUUAACACCCUGAACCCUGAGCGAAAAUGGUAUACUGUUCUGGACUUAAAAGAUGCUUUCUUUUGCUUGCCUCUGCAUAAAGAUAGUUAGUUGCUGUUUGCUUUCGAAUGGGUAAACCCAGAAACCGGAACGUCUGAUCAACUAACUUGGACCAGACUCCAACAGGGGUUCAAAAACUCCCCCACUCUC